AGGAAGGCAGUGUCUUGCAGUCGAGUGUUUAGAUUUAAUCAGAGUAUUCUUGCUUCUUCUACAGUGGGUGGAUCUAUUUAAUUUUGGUUAAGGAAAUGUAAUCAUCGACUUGUUUGAAUCAGACUUUUACCCAGCACUGGCAGAAUAUUUCCUUUUGCUUUUUAAACAUAACAAAAGACCUUCAGUUUUCAAAGUCGAUGUACUGUAUCAGUCUAAGGUUUGUGUUCUCACCAAAUUACAAAAGAAAAAGAAUAUUCUCCUUUUUCGCUUUCACUCGGCCUGAUGCUAUAUUUUCUGAAGAGCGGUAUCCAAAUUUGUAGUUUCUUAUCCUGCUAGUGACGAGCAAGGUCAGAUCCCAAUUUAUUUAACCAAAUAAUUUACAAUGAUGGGACUCAAAUUGGAAUGUACCAAUUUUCCUCUGAGGGCAUUUAAUGGAGCAAACUGAGAGAGGUAACUUGCUUAGAGUCACUAUGUAAGUUGUUCAGCCAAAUGACAUUGUACAACAUCCUGGAGUUGCAAGAAUGGGAAUCUAGCAGAAUAAAAUGUUGAUGGACCACUAGGUGGUGCUCUUUCCUCUCUAGACCAGAAUUUCCAAAUGAGAGCCCACAGUAUGGUGACCAGGAACUUGUCUCUGCCUGAAGACCAGUGACCCCUGCUGGCCCCCCAAGUAAACAGUAAAAAAAAAGGCUGGGCAGGCAUAGAGAGGGGGUUGGGGGUGGGUCUGGGACGCCAGAACCACUGUGGAGACUUCUGGAGAUGUUGUGGGCUCAUAGACAAUGCACCGAUGAUGGAAGGUGCCCACUGAAACCCCAAAGACAUGUCGCCCCCAGCCCCCGCCUCAAGACUCACGAUUAAGCCAAGAAACAGUGGUGCGCUCCCCAUCUCUAAGGGAUUGUACCAUCAAUUCCCACGUGUCAGAACUGCAGUAACAAGUGUCAUCCUGCUGCUGAGAUGUAAGACGGUAGUCUUAGAUACGUGGUCAUUAAGGAUCACUGGGCGCUGUUUGUAAGAGUACGGGUGUUGUUCACCCUGGGAUUCAAAUUAAAUCGCGCUCAGGGAUUUUACAAGUAACUUCUCACUUCUUCAACUGAACUGCGGUAUAGUGGCAGAUAAUGGCAUCCAGGUGCCAAAGUGAGUCCCCUCUUAUGUGUAAAGUGCUUUGGGAUCCUUUGGGAUGAAAACACGACAUACAAUGCAAUGAAUUAUUAUGAUAAUACUACACCACAUCACAGUUAAUGACGUUCUGCUGGCAGUGCAUAAUUUAAAUCCUUGUAGUAGUGGAAACGUGAAAGAUAAUUCUUUAAACUCUGUGGUUUCGAAGUCAAACGUGUACAAGAUCUCGAACGCAAACCUUCGUCAGAUACAUUACGAAGUACUGAUUUACCCUCGUUGACAUAAUCUACUUUUGGUCUGCUUUCGUAAUAUGCAAGGUAUAGGUUAAAUACAAUACAUUUGAUAUAUUCAUAAUGAAGAGCUCAAUAAGACAAAUCGGUAUUCGUUAUGUUCAUUUACAAAACUGUAACCGAUAAUAAAAUCGUUUCCUUGUCAUUGAACACACGCUCGAAUGCAAUCAGGUUUAACGACUUAAUACUACCGAAGGACUCUAAAUACCAAUUCCCAAAUGCAGUUUUCCACGCACCGUAGCUCAUCUCUGACCGGGCCUGCCUGUAAAUGCAGACAGCGGUAUAAAAUAUCCGUUUUUUUUUUUAACCUGAAGGUGGCGCUACCGCUCACUCUUCGGGCUUCUGCCGCCCUCCACAUAUUCCAUAUAGUAGUCAAAGCGAGCGUUACAGCUUCUGGCAGCGAGUGAGCUGUCCACAUGUACAAACUAGCAAUGGAUCAUGGGAGUUGGAGUUCUUUUGACCCGUCGCGCUGUAGUUACAGCCGACAAGAGCACUGCAUCUCCCGGUAUGCGCCAACGCUCCCUUGGAGCGCAUCCCAGGGGAUGACUUCACGACAGUCCGCAGCCCCCCCUCCCCAUCAGUAUUAACUGAGCAGGAGGAGAAGCUCAGGGCACCAGAAGCCGCAACCAUGAACUAGAUUUAAAAGAGACCAGUAUAACGGUCUGGGGGGAAGAAAAAAAAAAAGGGGCUGGUUUUCGCGUAUGAAACAAAAAAAGCGGAAGGGCUGAAAUACAGCAACUGCUAGGGAAGGAGAGCAAACAUGCAGUUCAAACGCAGAAGACUUUAAAACCCCCUUUUUUUUUAAAUCAGAAGAGGCGUUUGCGGUCCUUCCAGAGGCGAGGGAUCCGGUUCAAGCUUCUCUGCUCACUGCUUUUAGAUCCCCACCCCGCUUGCGUGUGCCGCCGGCCAGCCGAGAUCAAGAUGUCCGUGGACGAGUAUCCCGGGUCGGUGGUGGUGCCGGACGCCGGACCGCAGUGGCUCCGGGCGGAGGUGGAGCGGCUGUCCCGGGAGCUGAGCGAGACGACCCGGGAGAAGAUCCAGGCUGCCGAGUACGGGCUGGCGGUGCUGGAGGAGAAGCAGCAGCUGAAGCAGCAGUAUGACGACCUGGAAGCCGAGUACGAGACCGUCCGGCAGGAGCUGGACCAGCUCAAAGAGGCCUUUGGACAAGCACAUUCCAACCACAAGAAGGUAGCGGCGGACGGGGAGAGUCGGGAGGAGUCCCUGAUCCAGGAGUCGGCCUCGAAGGAAGCCUAUUACGAACAGAGGGUCCUGGAGCUGCAGACGGAGCUCAAACAGAUGAGGAACGUCUUGGCCAAUGCGCAGUCCGAGAACGACCGGCUUGCCUCGGUUGCACAAGAGAUGCGAGAGAACACCCAGGUGGUGGAGCUGCAGAGGAACCGUCUGCGCGAUGACAUCAAGGAGUACAAGUUCAGGGAGGCCCGACUGCUGCAGGACUACACCGAGCUGGAGGAGGAGAACAUCUCCUUGCAGAAACAGGUCUCCGUCCUCAAACAGAACCAGGUUGAAUUCGAAGGCCUGAAACAUGAGAUCCGCCGCCUGGAAGAGGAUACGGAGUUCCUGAACAGCCAGCUGGAGGACGCCAUUCGACUGAAGGAGAUCGCCGAGCGGCAGCUGGCCGAGGCGCUGGAGACCAUCAAAACCGAACGUGAGCAGAAGAACAACCUCCGUAAGGAGCUGUCCCACUACAUGAACAUCAGCGACUCCAUGUACAACAGUCCCCUCAGCAUCUCUCUGGACGGCCUCAAGUUCAGCGACGACACGGUGGAGCCCAACAACGACGACGCGCUCAACGGCUACGACCACACCUCCUUCAGCAAGAUCGCCAAUGGCGAGAACAACAAGGCGUCCACUCCCAAGAAACACGAGCUCUUCCCCCCUGCCCCCAGCCUGGUCAAUGACCUCCUGAGCGAGCUCAACAUCUCUGAAAUCCAGAAGCUUAAACAGCAGCUCAUGCAGGUGGAAAGGGAAAAGGUGAAUCUUCUGUCCACACUUCAGGAUUCACAGAAGCAGCUGGAGCAUGCCAGAGGCGCUCUUUCGGAGCAGCAUGAGAAAGUGAGCCGGCUCACGGAGAACCUCAAUGCCAUGAAAAAGCUGCAGGCAAGCAAGGAGCGCCAGUCAGCCCUGGACAAUGAGAAGGAGAGGGAUAGCCACGAGGACGGGGACUACUAUGAGGUGGACAUCAAUGGACCGGAGAUCCUGGAGUGCAAGUACAAGGUGGCCAUGGCUGAGAUUGGGGAUCUUAAAGAGGAACUAAAGACAGUCAAGGCUAAGUAUGAAGAUUGUGAGUCCAAGUACGAGGAGGAGAAGAGCCGGUUGGAAACAGAGGUACAGUUGCUGACGGAGAAGCUGACCACCCUGGAGAAGACCAACCGGACGGACCGCGACCAGAUGGUACGGUUGGAGAAGGAGCUAAAGAAGGUCAGCGAUGUUGCCGGAGAGACACAGGGCAGCCUCAGCGUGGCGCAGGAUGAGCUGGUUACCUUCAGUGAGGAGCUGGCCAACCUCUAUAACCACGUCUGCAUGUGCAACAAUGAGACACCCAACAGGGUCAUGCUGGACUAUUACAAGGAAGGCAAGGGGGGACGCACCAGUCCGGAGGGCAAGGGUCGCCGUUCACCCAUCUUGCUCACGAAAGGCCUUUUCCCCGAGUCGGCAAAGAACGAAAACAUCGACAGCAUCCCAUCCCCGGUGUCUUCCCUUCCAUCCCCGGUCUCAGAUCCGCGUAAGGAGCCCAUGAACAUCUACAACCUGGUUGCCAUCAUCCGGGACCAGAUCAAACACUUGCAGACAGCAGUGGAUCGGACCACAGAGCUCUCCAGGCAGAGGAUGGCUACACUGGAGCUGGGGCAAGUGGUGGACAAAGACAAGGAAGCCUGUAUGGAGGAAAUCCUGAAGCUCAAGUCUUUGUUGAGCACCAAACGAGAACAAAUAGCAACACUGAGAACAGUUCUCAAGGCGAACAAGCAGACAGCAGAGGUGGCUCUGGCCAACCUGAAGAGUAAGUAUGAGAACGAGAAGGCCAUGGUCACCGAGACCAUGAUGAAGCUACGCAACGAGCUGAAGGCUCUCAAAGAGGACGCUGCUACUUUCUCGUCUCUCAGGGCGAUGUUUGCCACAAGGUAAGGGCUGGGUAUCUGUCUGGGGUGAAAGUCAUGUUGUGAGAUUCUUACUAAGCCAACAGUGCAGUGGGAUAUUAAGGCCCAACCCACUCUGUGCCUUAUUAUUUCAGCAAAGAGAGAUUGAAAUUGAAGUGAGCUCUUCCAUGAUUACAUUAGGAAAAACGACCAUACAAUACGUGGUUUCUCCGCAUCUCAACAUCUGAUGAGCUUAGUUCACUGCUCGAGAGAUAAUCUCCCCAAUUUCUGCAAGAAGGAGAGAUAUGGUUUGAGCCUGUCUAAUCUCUAGAAAAUAAAGAUUAUUACAUAACUAGAAAGUGCCCUCCAUUACUUUAUUAAACCUCCAGAAGUGGCUGCGUUUAAUUUUGCAUAAAUUUAAAGACCUAUAAAACAGUGCCAGAUUAUUAGUGUUUUGGAAUAUCUUUUUUUUUUCCUUGCUACCUGUUGAAAUGUUUGCCGUUUUCAGGCCCAGGAAUUGUUCUGUGUCCAAUGGCAGUUCUCAGCAUGUCUUUUCUGCUUCAAUACUUUCUUUGCUUGAAUUAACAUUUGCAGCGUAUGCAGAGAAUUGCAUGUGAUAGUUACUGUACUACAGUUAUAUGCUCUUCUUCUUUCGUAUUGUUGUAUUGUUUAAUACACCGGCCACGGUUUGCAACUAUUGCUUUUUGCAUUAAAAUAUUAAAUAUAAUUGGCAAAAAAAAUAUCUGCAGUAGGAAAAAGCUAUAGUACAGUAAAAAGAACAAAAGUCUUUUUGUGGAAAAGAAACUUUACUUACUAGUUGUUUUCAAAGGUUCAAGCGAAGGCGGAGACAGUUUGAAGAACAGUUGAUCAUUCU